AUCAAAUACAGUCGUUGUUGAAACUGAAUUAAGAUUGUAUUUUAAAUCUUUCUUUUGUAAAAUGCAAACGUUUCUUGCUUAUACUGCCCCAUAAAACUUUUAAUGGGCCAUAUUUCGAAACGAACUAUUUUUAUUUUAAUUUUAUAGACCUAUUUUUGAAAACGAACGUUUAUUAAAAGAUCAUUCAUUCAGUGCAGUACAGCGAAAGGUGUACUUGAACAAUAAUAUAAAUGAACCGCCAACAAAAUUACUGCAUAAUCGCAUGAGUUUUAUUGCGGUUCAAGGCCUCCUAUUUGUUUUCAUCUGAUUACCUCACAACAGCAGCAUCUAAUUUAGUCAAUGGUGAUAGUUAAAUGAAAUAAAAUGUCCGUGGAACUAAGCGAAGUGGAAUACAAUUUAAUAAGUAAAAUCGCAAGAGAAAACGGCUUUAAUAACUUCGAAGUGAUUACCAAUAAAGGUGCAUUGAAAGGUGAUAAUUUUUCGGGUAUUUUAACCGUAGUUACUGUGAAAAAUGACAAGAACACGCUGGAAUUAAUAUUGAAAUCGGCGCUUCAAAGCGAAGUCUUUAGGAAAGCCGCCCCGCUUCGCGAAGCAUACUUGAGGGAAAUUUAUUUGUACGAAAAUAUAUUUAAUGCAUUUAAAAAAUACCAAGAAAGCCACAAUGUACCCGAUAUUUUUGACAAUCACGCAAAAAUGUAUGGAUCUUCGGUUGGUGAGUUAAACGAAUGUUUGGCGAUGGAAAAUUUAAAAACGACAGGAUACCAGCUCUGGAACAAACAAAAUCCGAUGAACACUGAACAUAUAACAACAAUUCUGAAAGGAUACGCAAAAUUCCACGGUACUGCAAUAGCAAUGAAACACAAGGAUCCAGAAUUGUACGAAACGUUAACCAAAGAAAUAUCGAGCGACAUAUGGGGAGAUCAAGAUUUCGAAGCUAAGAAAAUAAAAAUUGAAAUGUACAUUAAAAUGGGAAUGGAAGCAGCUAUAAAAAUCGUUGAAAAUGAACCUGCUUUAGUAGAGUUUCUUAAAAUCGCAGAGAAAAAAAUUUAUGAGUUAUUUUUAAUGAAAUUUCAAGAUCCUGAAUAUAAAGUUACGUUAAUUCAUGGUGACUGUUGGUGCAAUAACUUUAUGUUUAAAUAUAAAAGUGAAGAUAACACGACGCCUACAAGUUUAAGGAUUAUUGAUUGGCAAUUAGCACACGUCAAUUCUCCAGCUUAUGAUUACUGCUACUUUUUCCUAGCACACAGUACCAAAGAAGUUCUAGAAGACUAUAAGAGUUACUUGAAAUUAUAUCACGACGCUUUAUCGCAACAUCUUAAAAGUUUCGACUGUGAUCCAGACGAGGUGUUCCCAUAUUCCAGGUUUGAAAACCAUAUAAACCGCUACAUGGUAUUGGGAUUGUUUAUGUGUUUUUCGAUAUUGAAGAUAAUGUUGUGCGAUUCUGGAGAAGCUCCUGAUUUUGGAGAACUUAAAGAAGGUGAAGACAUGAUGGAGUCAUUUCAAUUUAAAUUUCAAAACUACGACGUUUACAAACAAAGGAUUAGAGAAUUAAUAGUUUUUGUAAAAGAACAGGAUUUUAUAUCAAAAUAAAAUUUUUGUACCUAUAUACCGUAAAAAGGGCUACUUGAAAACAGCGAAAUAACUUGAAAAUAAAUGCGUCAAUUUAUAAAACACGUGCUGCAGCUAAACCGUUUAUUUUAGACGCAAAAUAUAAAUACAUCAGUUGUAGAAUAAUCGUACGUAGAAGACUAUGGAGAUUGUUUUUAAUUUAAUUAUAAUAACAAGACAAGAACAUCGCUAAGUCCUAACCAUUAUUUCUAAUUUUAAAUAUUAUGUAUCUGAUACAACUCGCUUGUCAAGAACUGGUCUAACUAAAAAAAAACAAUUUUUCAGGAGGUCCGAUUAAAGUUUUUUCUUUUCCCUUCCUUUGAUAUCCGCUGCCUGCGUUAUCCGAUUGUUGAAAUAUUGAACGAAUUAUCACAAUCAUAGAACGUCCCUACAGAUUUCCAAAGGUUAUUCUCCGUCUCUAUACUAUUAUUAUUUUUUUUAUGAGUAAUUUAUGUUCCUUUCUUGAACCGAAAUAUUUCAGGUUUUUAAAAGAUUAUUUCAAUUAUUAAUAAUACAAAAAUUAAAAAAUUUCUUUAUUAAUUUUUAUGAAACAAGUAUAAAAAUAGGAAAGUAUCACUUAUCUGCGUAACUUCAAAUCCUUCAAAUCGUUGAGACUACUGAGACAUAAGUGAGAAAAAUCUAGAGCUCCUAUUCCGUCAAUCUCAAUCUUAGUGGUAAAUACAUCUUUCUUCAUACUAGGCAGGCACUUGUGGAUACAGUAAGCGUCUUCGUUAUUUAAAAAAAAAUCACAGCUCAUUAUAAAACAUGGCGUCUAUA